AUGAAUAGGGAAGCUGUUAUGUACGAUUACCUUGUUAUUGGCGGUGGUUCGGGAGGUAUUGCAAGUGCUCGUCGUGCUCGCGAAUUUAAUGUUUCUGUUGGUCUCAUAGAGGCUGCACGGCUUGGUGGAACUUGUGUAAACGUUGGUUGUGUACCGAAAAAAAUUAUGUACUAUUGUUCUUUGCACGCUGAAUUAUUAGAGAAUUCUAAAAAUUACGGAUUCGAUUUAUGCUCAGGUGUUGAUUUGAUUCGUGGGCGAGCGAAAUUUACUGAUCAUGGAGCUGUGGAUGUUAAUGGGAAAUUGUAUAAGGGCAAAUAUAUUCUUAUCGCUGUUGGAGGCUGCCCAAAAAUCCCCCACGACAUCCCAGGUGCUCAGCAUGGGAUUGAUAGUGAUGGUUUUUUUAAGCUUCAUAAGUUUCCUAAACGUACAGUUGUGGUUGGUGGUGGUUAUAUAGGCGUUGAACUUGCUGGUAUAUUGGGAAAUUUGCAUUCGGAAACUCAUCUUUUAAUUCGAUUUGACCAUGUUCUAAGGUCUUUCGAUGAAACAAUUUCUGAAGCACUGACUGAAGCUAUUGAUCGUGGGCCUGUAAGACUUCAUCGUCGAACGAAUGUAGUUUCGGUUGAAAAGCGUUCUGAUGGCCGUCUUACCAUUGCUACAACACAAGGCACGAUAGAUGAGGUUGAUAUUUUAAUAUGGGCGGUUGGUCGGACUCCGUGUACUAAAGAUCUUAAUCUUAAUUCUCUUGGGAUUAAAAUGGAUUCUUCACAUCAUAUUAUUGUUGAUGAAUAUCAGAAUACUUCUGUAAAAAGUAUUCUUGCGCUCGGUGAUGUAUGCGGAAAGUAUCUAUUAACUCCAGUCGCUAUCGCUGCUGGUAGACGAUUGGCUCAUCGACUUUUCAAUGCAGAAGACGAUAAUUAUUUGCGAUACGAAAAUGUUCCUAGUGUUGUUUUUAGUCAUCCUACGCUUGGUACAGUUGGUCUUACGGAAGGUUAUAUUUUCACAUUUUUGCCAUUCUAUUUUUGUCUUUUCAAAAAUUACCGUAUUAGAAACGAAAAAAGUGAAAAAUAUUUUGCGAAGAAAUCGGAGAGCUUAUUCUUCUAG